AUGUCAACAGCUAAAUCAAGCGAGUUCAGAUUAUUUGAGGGCAAAGAACAUGCAAAACUGUAUGCUAAAUACCGACCUUCAUACCCAGAGAGACUUUACCGCAGAAUAAAAGAAUAUUGUAUGGAAUCUGAUGCCAAUACCCUAAACUUAGCUGUUGACGUCGGAUGUGGAAGUGGACAGAGUACCCUCCCUUUGACAAGCAUAUGUAAGCAUGUCAUCGGAGUAGAUAUCAGCAAAGAGCAGAUUACAGCAGCUAGAAAAGUAUCAAGUAAUGUGGAUUUCAGAGAAGGCCAUGCCGAAGAACUUGGUUUCCAAGGUGACGAAACAGUCGAUCUUGUGACCACAGCAACUGCCAUUCAUUGGAUGGACAUACCAACGUUAAUGAAGGAAGUGAGCCGCGUGCUGCGACCUGGUGGUGUUCUGGCAGUGUAUUCUUUCAUUGACGACAAAAUACACAACAAUGAAGCACACCAAAUUGUUUGGGAAGAGUUUUACCACACAACUUUGCGCGAAUGCUGGACAGAGAAACGCAAACAUAUUGCAAAUGGAUUAGCAAUGGUAGAACUUCCCUUCAAAGAAACAUUAAGGGAGCGUUUAGACGUUGAACGACACAUCGAUAUCGAAUCUUAUGUUGGUUAUUUGUCAUCCAUGUCAUCAUGGCAAACAUACCAAAAGAAGAAUCCGGACACAACAGUACUGUCGGACUUGCUGCGAAGAUUAAGGAGUUUGUACAAAGAUCCAGACUCCGGGGUAGUUCGUCCUAUGUCCCUGACUUCUCACAUUAUUUUGUUAUUAGGAAGAAAGCCCAACUUGACAGAAUACAACAACACGGUUAAUCUUACCAGAGUAUAA